UUUUAAAAUGCCAAAGUGAAAACUUCUAACACUAGUCGUGUCAAUAAUUACAUCUCUGAAUUUGGAGAAAAAAUAUUUUCUUUGGAUGGGAAUAUAUUGUUUUGUAAAAUAUGCGAGGUGAAGGUUACAUGUGAAAAACGAUUUAUAAUACCACACUUUUUUGUUAGGAUAUUGAAAUCAAUGAAGCAUUUGACUUAAUGGACACAAAUGGGCAAAUGACAAUUAGCACAAGAGAUUUUAAAUUUGCAAUAAAGGCAUUGGGAUUGGAACUGCCCCGAGAUCAAUACAUACAAUUAUUAUCUAGAAUGGAAAAAGACCAAAAAGGGUUUAUAAAAAAGAGAAUAUUCAUAGAGGAAAUGCGUAAAGUAUUACCAAAAAGAGAUAUUAAGAUUGAUAUGAUUAAAGCUUUUCAAUUAAUCGAUGAAGAUGAUACAGGCAAAAUAGAUUUUAACAAUUUAAAGAAUGUUGCCGAAAUACUAGGGGAACAAGUAUCCGAUGAGGAAAUCAUCAAUAUGUUAAACGCUGCAGAUGAAGAUGGAGAUGGACAAGUGAACCUUACAGAGUUUAUAAGGAUUAUAGAUAGAGCUAGAAAAGUGUUAUAAUAUAAUAUAUUUAUUAUUUCUGUAGGUACUAUAUUAAAAUAAUAAUUAUGGUCAUUAUUUU